AUGGGGUCGAUUGUGUUAAAAAGUUUAUCUAUUCUUCUGGGAUUGUUCUUUAUAUUUAUGGGUAUUACCAAGAUUUCUCCAUUUAUUUCAAAGGAAUUGCACAAGGAAUUGCGAAAGGAGUACGUUAGAUAUGCGAAAGUGUUUCCGUUGAGUGAGAUGCUGGAUUUUAAAGUUCCGUCCAAAUGGUACCGACGGACUAUCGGGGGAUGUGAAAUACUUUUUGGAAUAAUUCUCGCUCUUAUACCACAUCAGAGGAUAAAAAACGCGGCAAACAUUGGUCUAAUUCUACUGAUGGUGCUGGCGACGUACUCGCACGUGGCCAUCAGCGACCCCUUCGACCGAUCCGCACCCACCAUCGUCUUCUUCUUCAUGCUUUGCGGGAGACUGGUCGUUUGGUAUCAGACCCAUCGCCGAGAGAUGCUGGAGAAGUUAGCAGCGACACAAAACGGCAACGGUCUUAAGAGAGAUUGA